UUGAGAGAGCUCUUUUCCUGCCAGGCAUGGGGGUGGGGUUGGUGGGAAUGUGUGACCUUGGGAGUCGCAGAGGGCAGGCUGCAAUGUCUGUCAGGCCACAUGGGCCGGAGUGGCAGGAGCAGCUGGGGCCAGUAAUCAAGGAAGCGUCUCUUGUGAGCGAGAGCCAACGAGCAGCCAUCCACCUCUCCAGUUUCAGCGUUUCCAUUCGGGUUCCGAUGUGCUUUCGGGCCUCCCAGUCUCAGUGGAUUUCAGUCAGGAGUGAAAGGAUUUAAACAGCUUUCACUGAGCCAUUUAUAAUUUCUUUUUUCUGCUGCUUUUUGAUGUAUAUAUUUAUUGAUCUGUUUGUUUAGUAUUGUUUCUGCAAGAGCACUGCCUCUCCUCUCUCUCUCUCUCUGUGGUAGAAGUUUUCCUGAUCUGUGAUUAACUUUUUUCUUGAACAGGUUCUACACGUGUUUUUUGAGACACUUCUUUUCAAUACUUUUUUACCCCUUUGUUUUUAUACUUUCAAAUCAUGCAUUUUGAAGUGAUGUAGUGGACAAGGGGUGGUUAUUUUAUUUUUAAAAGUUUUUACUUGGAGUGUCCCUUUGUCAGGAGUGUUGAAGGACUACGUGCUGUACGCAGCUGAAGGUUUUGAUGCAAACGAAAUUCUGUAUCCUGCAAGGAGUUUUAUGAGGCACUUUGGAGUAGAAAUGGGCCAGGACCAAACCAAGCAGCAGAUUGAGAAGGGGCUCCGUCUCUACCAGUCCAACUACACCGACAAGGCGCUCCACAUCUGGUUUAAGGUGCUGGAGAAGACCUCUGACCCCAGAGGGAAGUUCAGGGUCCUAGGUUGUCUGAUCACUGCCCACUCCGAGAUGGGCAAAUACAAGGAUAUGCUCAAGUACGCGCUGACCCAGAUAGACACGGCCCGUGAGAUGGAGGACCCAGACUACCUGACGGAGGGCUACCUGAACCUGGCGCGCAGCAACGAGAAGCUCUGUGACUUCCAGAAGACCAUCUCCUACUGCAAGACGUGUCUGAACAUGCAGGGCACCACCACCAGCCUGCUGCUCAACGGGCAGGUGUGCCUCAGCAUGGGCAACGCCUUCCUGGGAAUGAGCGUCUUCCAGAAAGCGCUGGAAAACUACGAGAAGGGCCUGCGCUACGCACACAACAACGAUGACAAGAUGCUGGAGUGCAGGGUCUGCUGCAGCCUGGGGAACUUCUACACCCAGCUCAAGGACUAUGAAAAGGCGUUGUUCUUUCCCUGUAAAGCUGCAGAGCUCGUGAAUGACUAUGGAAAGGGCUGGAGCCUGAAGUAUCGAGCCAUGAGUCAGUAUCACAUGGCAGUGGCAUACAGGAAGCUGGGGCGUCUACCGGACGCCAUGGACUGUUGCGAGGAAUCAAUGAAGAUCGCCCUGCAGCAUGGUGAUCGGCCACUCCAGUCUCUUUGCUUGCUGUGCUUCGCUGACAUACACCGGAGCAGAAACGAUGUGGAGAAAGCAUUCCCUCGCUAUGAGUCUUCCAUGUGUAUAAUGACUGAGACCGGCAAUCGGCUUGGACAGGUGCAUGUCUACCUGGGCGUGGCGAAGUGCUGGCUUAUACAGAAGGAGCUGGACAAGGCACUAGACAGUGUUCAGAGGGCACAAGAGUUAGCAGAAGGUUUGGGAAAUAAGCUGUGCAUCCUGAAGGCUCACUGCCUGAACGAGGGCAUCUUCCGCUCCAAGGGGCAGCAGACAGAGCUGCGGGAGCAGGUGGUGAAGUUCCACGAGUGCGUGGAGGAGAUGGAGCUCUACUGCGGGAUGUGUGGGGAGUCCAUCGGGGAGAAGAACCACCAGCUGCAGGCGCUGCCCUGCUCACACGUCUUCCACUUAAAAUGCCUACAGUCCAACGGGACACGGGGCUGUCCAAACUGUCGCCGAUCGUCGGUGAAGCCCGGCUAUGUGUGAUGGGGUGGGGUCGUGUUCCCUGGGCUGCAGACACACGAGACCGAAGGCCUUUUGGUUGGGCAGGACUCGGACGCUGACUCUUGAUUGAACUGAAGGAACUGCGUCGUCUCAUACAGGUAAACAGGAUCUGUGAUGGCAAAAGAGGGUCGUCUUCUUUCCAAGGCAAACAGAGAAUUCAAAAUGGAAGCAGAGCAUAAACAACCACCAUACAGCUGUGACUACGCUGGAAUUAAAAGAAAAAAGUUUUAUUUUAUGUUCUAGCUGUUGAAACCACUGUUCAAUGAUUUAAAUGGUGGUUCGACUCGUUUUACCGGACAGUGUGAUCUACAGGGGUGGGAGAAACAUGGUUUCUCGGCGUCACAUUCCCAGAUUCUUAUGCCGGAUUGAGUAACACAGAUUUCAUUUCAGAACUAUUAUUUUAUUGAAUCUAUUUUUUUGUUGUUCCAUUUUCUAAAACAUCACUAAAAAAAACAAACAAAAAAACAACAUUGCUAAUUUGUGUUCAUUUUAAAUAUUGUCUAUUGAACUGUACGGUUGGGGUUAUUUGUGGUACAAGACAGCCUCUGCAGUAUGUGGUUUAAAAUACGAUCAAUAUUCUGUUUUAUUUAGUUUUUCAGUUUUUUAUAUUUUCAUAAUAUUUAAACAAAGAAAACCUGUUAUGAAUAAUUAUCGUCAAAAAUACCUUUCUCGUAAUUCAAAAGUGCAUCAUGUUGUCUUAGCAUUCAUGUUAAUAGAUUUGCAUUUUCUGCAUGCAUCCGUUUAUAUUAGAUAUGGUGUUUUACAAUCUUUGACAGCUGACUUGGUUUGAACAGCUGGCCUUUUAACCCCUUCAUGUACACAAGGAAUUGAGCAGUUGUUCAAAUGGUUUCUUCUUAAAAUACAUUUGAGAUUCAAAUAUCAUGAGGAAAGUGACAAUUUGGAUGACCAGAUCCAAUCUGUCAUUAAAUUAUUUUGUUUGUGAGACACAUAUGUGCUUUGUACCUUGAAGUUUUGAUAGAUAGCACAUGCUUCCCUUCACAAAAAUGUUCCAGUUAAUUUUGGAAAAAAAUAUUGUUAUACGCAACAGAGAAUAUAUAGAGCAUUUAUAGAGCUUUUAUUUAUUUUAAAAAACAAUUACAAUAUAAAUGAUACCUGUGCCUUCUGCCAGUU